AUGAAGAAGGAGGAAACGGGGUCCUCUGACUGCCUGGUAAGCAGCGAUGAGAAAAUCAUCAUCACGAGAUGGCUGGACAACAGAGCGGUGACCCUAGCCUCAAAUUUCCUCGGCAUUGAUGACGAGGAUAAGGUGUCACGAUGGAGCAAAGCAGACGGGAAAUAUGUAAACGUGAAACGUCCCGCAGUUGUCCGCGAGUACAACCGAAGUAUGGGAGGCGUAGACAAGACAGACUUUCUGAUAAGCCUCUACCGAACAUUCAUUCGCAGCCGAAAAUGGACACUGCGAGUUAUCACGCAUUUUAUGAACCUGUCCGUGACUAACUCCUGGCUCGAGUACAGGCGUGACGCUGAAGUUCAAGGGCUAAGGGAGAAGAUGGAUUUGCUCGAAUUUACUCUAAGUGUCGUGGAAAGUCUAGCAAAAGCUGGUUCUCCUGAUCUGCCACGCAAACGUGGAAGGCCAUCCUCCUCUCCCCUGCAGCCACUCAAAAGGCAAAAUUGCACAUCCCAGCGACCAGAGUACCACGUGAGAUAUGAUCAAGUCGGGCACUGGCCGCUCAUGGCCGAAGACCAACAGCGAUGCAAAUUGGAAGGAUGCAAAGGAAAGCCAAAAACCAAGUGUGAAAAGUGCAACGUCCACCUGUGCAUAUCAAGCACAAAGAACUGUUUCAAAACGUUUCACACGCACUAA